AUGUCAGCCUUGCCAAGCGACGGGCUCAGGCUUGGCAACUGCUAUAUCUUAUCGGCGAUACCGAGCCGUUCCCCCCACGAUGCGCAGCUGACAGCGAACACCAUGCCCGGAGUACCAUCAGGACGGGCGUGUGAAGGCUGUCGUCGCCAGAAGAAAAAGUGCGAUGAGAAGCAACCAACCUGUUCACGAUGUCUCCGACUAAACAUACCAUGUAUUGGAUCCGGACAGCGGAGAUUCAAGUUCCAGCAAGAGUACGCCAUCCCGGUAAUGGUAAAGAAGGGAAAGCUUAAAGGACAAGUUUCAAAGGACCAGACAAGCUCUAGUAGCGACGAGGAGCGUGCAGAAGUCUGCCGGGUCUCCCCACACCCAAGCAAUGCUCUGACGGUAUUGAGUCAAGCCUUUGUCCGAGCUAUACACCCGUCGACGGACAUCCGAUGGAAUCUUGCCUGGGUGUAUGGGGGCUUUUUGCGGGAUGUGCCUGCUCGCCUGGGCACAAAUGAGGCCCUGGACGCCGCCGCGGAUGCAGUGAUAUGUAUGCAUUCGGAUUUCUGCGCCACCCGGAAGCUGUCCGUCCAGGCGUUCAGUAAGUACGGCCGUGCUUUAAAUACCCUUCGUACCUAUCUGGACGACCCGGUCAAGGCGGCUAGCACCGACACACUAUGCGCGGUUACGAUACUCCUGCUCUGCCAGGGUUUCGUCCCCAGCCACGGUAAAAUACAAUCGGGCCAUGCAGAGGGGGCCGCACAGAUUCUGAAGGCGCGGAAGAAUUUCCGACCCCGAGAUGACUUCGAGGCCAAGCUACUCCUGACGUUGCGCGGGCCUGUGCUCUUUGAAGGCCUUUUCGUCAACAGCAUUGACCUUAGCGGUGAGGAGUACGAACGCCUGGUAGAAAGCGAUCUCGAUGCGGGCACGCCAGACGGGCAGAUGAUGCGCUGUCUUGCACGAGUCCCCGGGAUCCGAGAACGCAUUGCAGCGACAAUGCCGGGUGAUGCUGAGUUUAAGUCACUACGAUACGAAACUCGGGACCUCUAUGAGAGCUACCAGGGAAUCCUGACGACAUUACAAACCAGAACAGCUUCGGUCGAGACGCCGCUUGCCACCGGGUCUAUGUAUCGUAUGUGCACACUCCUUCAUGCGCAGUAUCAACGUAUGUAUGGACUUGGCCUUACUGUGGCCAUUAUCCUGAACUGCCUGGCCCAGGCGCUGGACCCAGACGACCCUACGCUCCCCGUGGAAUCGACUUAUUUCGCGCAGGAGAUCCUUCUUUUAUCGGACACUCAGGUAGCCUUUCGUCCCCUGGGGUCCUUUUAUAUGCUGGUCUGCCUAUUGACCGCGAGGGUGGGCACCACGGAUAAGAUCCUCCGGACUACGGUUGAAAAUGCUUUGGAUAGCUAUCAGCGCGAGUUCGAUGGGCGGCGUGCCGCUGAGACGAUAGCAGAAUUUGAGCAAAAAGUGCGGCACUUGUCAAUAUUUCUGAAAAGGGAGAGGAGAGUAGAGUGA